AGGACAGUUACAUGACCACUCAAUAAUGUGAACGAAAGAUUAUGAACUCUCUUCCUCGACACUAUUAACGUCCGCAGAGUCCAUAGGGGGACUCGGUCAGCGACUUGCUCAUGCAGACGGAAGACACUCUUUUGAUACCCUUUUCGGCUUCACCCUUCAGCUGCGCCUGCAGCGCUCCCUUCGCGCUCUCCAUCUAUCGUCCGGUCAUCGGAUGAACAACAAGUCUCAAAAUGAGCACCGAUUACAAUUAUGAUGAACAGGGCCAAUAUUUUCCCUACUUCAUCCUUACGAUUACCGCCCUAAUUACCCUUCCGACCACAUACUCGGUUCUUGCGCCGAGCAAAGAGCUUGAAAACACCGCACCUCGAAUCCAGUCCGAUUUCAAACCCGAACAUGCCGAUCUUAUUGAAGGACAACGGCGAAAGCAGAAGAGGCGGGAGCGAAAGGUGAAGCGGAUGAUGCUAUCUGUCGGAGGAUGGCUCCUCAUGGCAUGGAUGGUGUACCUGAUGGUGGUGACGACAAGGACGGUACCAAAAAUAUGGGACCCAUAUGAUGUCCUAGGGAUCUCGAGAUCUUUGAACGAGAAAGAGAUCAAGAAACACUACCGCAAGCUUUCCCUCACGCAACAUCCUGACAAAGUCACACUUGAUCCCGAGAGGAAUAUCACGACCGACUCGGUCAACAACCAUUGGGUAGACAUUACCAAGGCAUAUAAAGCACUCACCGAUGAUGAAAUAAGGAACAACUACCUCCAGUACGGCCACCCGGACGGCAAGCAGAGCUUCAGCAUCGGAAUUGCGCUGCCCAAAUUCCUUAUUGAAGAGGGCAAUGGGAAAUACGCGCUUCUCCUGUACGGAGGACUACUAGCCGUAUUCUUGCCUUACAUCGUUGGACGAUGGUGGUAUGGGAGCCAGCGAGUCACAAAAGAAGGCGUUCUUGUCACGAGCGCUGGCAAUAUCUUCCGGGAAUACCAGGAGACCUCCGAUGAAGCCGCAGUCAUUACUACUCUAAGCAGUGGAGAGGAGUUUGAUGAGGUGCUGAGCGGUCGUGCGGACAGCGGCUUAUCGAAACUCGAGCAGAAAGUGCUCUCAGACGACGAGACAUCCCCACUAGCCGGACUUAUCAGUGAGGCCAAUAAGAACAAACUGAAAGAUAUGGAAGGCGUCCGACGAAAGGCAUUGGGUCUUCUCUGGGCAUACCUUGGACGGAUUGAGUUGGAGGACGAAUCGUUGAACGAUGAAAAGUUGGAAUGUGCCACCAAAGCAAUCGCUUUGAACGAGAGCUACUCAUCGAUCGCCCUGGCCUAUGGAAACAUUCAACCUCUCCUCUCAUCCUACCGCACUUCGCAAUGCUUAAUCCAGGCCUUCCCACCAGGCGGGUCGCCUCUCCUUCAGCUCCCUUUCAUCACCCCUACCAUCGCGAAAGCCAUCGAAGGUGAAGACUCGCGGCGCCAUCUCCGAGUUACCGACUACAUGAACCUUCCAGCCGACAUUCGAAAGAAGCGCUCCGUCGGACCCGACUUGCUCACUCCCCAGCAAUACCAGUCCGCCGUCGCGCUCGCGUCCCAACUCCCCAACCUGCACGUCGAGAAGGCGUUCUUCAAGGUCGUCGGCGAGAAAUACAUCGUCCCCAACAGCUUCGUACAGUUCAUCAUCAAAGCCCGCCUCAUUCCUCCCGGAUCCACCAAAGUCCCUGACCCGGACCCGAAGGACCUCGAAGAGCCCGACCCGAAAGGCAACAAGACAAUCGCCGACGACCCCAACGAAAAGCGCGAACAGCCGCCCCUAGCCCACGCGCCGUACUUCCCCCGCGACAAAGCGCCGCAAUGGCACGUGUUCCUCGCCGACGGCAAGCAGGGGAAGCUCGCCGUGCCGCCGUUCACGUUCAAUACCUUCAACAAGGCGGUGUACGACGAGGCGGGGAACCCGACGUACGCGGUGCUUACAUUGCGGAUGCAGUUCGGUGCGCCGCCGCAAGCGGGAAAAUAUACGUUCGCGUGCUACAUCACGUGCGAUUCGUAUGUUGGGCUGGAUACCAAGAUCGAUGUCACGAUGAAUGUGGAGGAUGCGAGUAAGGCGGAGGCGAUUGAUAUCGUUGAUGAUGAUGCGGAGAUUGCGAGAGGUAUGUUACUCUGUUUGCUUCCUACGUCGAUUGAUAGGACUUUGGCUAACGAUGUUUGACAGAUGAGGCAGAAUCUCUCAUCGGCGGCGCCAAAGCCGCAGCUGCGAGCGGCCGACUACCCAGCAUGGGCGAUUCGGACGACGAGAGCGGGA